CUUUGAUCCUCACCACUUGUGUUAAGAGUGUUUCAUCUGAGUUGAGCAAAGAUGGGAGAUAACAGUGGCUCAGCAGCUUCCAGGAGUUUGAGUAUAAUGGGUUGCUCCAUACCCGAAAAGCUGCAGCUGCAUGUGGCAAUGCUGGCUCUGCAGUUUGGUUAUGCAGGGUUUCAUGUUGUCUCCAGAGCUGCACUCAACAUGGGCAUCAGCAAGAUUGUUUUCCCUGUAUAUCGGAACAUUCUUGCGUUGCUUCUCCUCUUGCCCUUCGCUUAUUUUCUCGAAAAGAAAGAGCGGCCACCAAUCUCUCUCUCGUUUCUUGUCCAAUUCUUUCUCCUGGCCGUUGUUGGGAUUACGGCCAAUCAAGGAUUUUACUUGUUGGGUUUAGACCACACAUCCCCCACUUUCGCAUCAGCUAUCCAAAAUUCUGUCCCAGCCAUAACAUUCCUCAUGGCAGCAAUUCUCCGGAUCGAACAAGUAAGACUUAAUCGUAAGGAUGGCAUAGGAAAAGUUGCUGGAACACUCUUCUGCGUCGCGGGUGCCUCAGUGAUCACACUUUACAAAGGUCCUACAAUAUAUAGUCCACCUCCGCCACUCCAAGGGGCUAACAGUGGAUAUGAUAUUGUUUCACCAAUGUUGGGUUCUCUGUCUCUUGGCGAUGCUAAGGGCAAAAACUGGACACUUGGUUGCAUCUUUCUAAUAGGCCAUUGCCUCUCCUGGUCCGCUUGGCUUGUUUUACAAGCACCGGUUCUGAAGAAGUACCCGGCUAGGCUUUCUGUAACAUCAUAUCAGUGCUUCUUUGGUGUGAUACAGUUUCUGGUUAUUGCUGGUUUUGUGGAGAGGGAUUCACAGGCCUGGAUGAUUCACUCAGGUGGAGAACUCUUCAGUGUCUUCUAUGCUGGAAUCGUAGCAUCAGGAAUUGCAUUCGCUGUACAGAUAUGGUGCAUCGACAGGGGAGGCCCUGUGUUUGUGGCAGUGUAUCAGCCUGUUCAGACCCUUGUGGUCGCUAUCAUGGCUUCUGUCGCUUUAGGCGAGGAGUUUUACCUGGGAGGGAUUAUCGGAGCAGUGUUGAUCAUAACAGGGUUGUACCUUGUGCUAUGGGGAAAGAACGAAGAGAGGAAAUUCGCAAUGCAGAAGGCUGCAAUUCAAUCACCUGCAGACCAUAGCAACAACAGAACACCAUCUCUUCCCAAAUCAUCAUUAGCUCAGCCACUGCUCUCUCAAUCAACCGAAAAUGCUUGACCGGCUUCUGCGACUUUUGACUUUCUCCCUACUUUUCCUUAAGCCUGUUGUUUUGCUUAUUAUAUAUUCAAAGCCUUGCAGUGUGUGUAUGAAACCUAAUGAAAUUCAUGCCCUUUUCGUAUCUUUUUAA